GGUUUUAGUUUGUGGGGCAGGGAGGCAGAGUGUGUGAGCUCCAUCCCUCUCCCUCUCUCUCUCUCUCUCUCUCGCUCGCUCUGCUGUCACUCUCGCACAUGAACUGGGCGAGUCGGGUGUGGAUCUAAGCUGCUGCACCUCCACUGAAGAUGUCUUCACGCGUUCCUCCCCGGCUCUUUGGAUUAUUCCUGCUCGUCCUCCUCCGGCUGUGCUGCCGCCGCUCCUCCGCCUACCAGCUGCUGGACGAGCGCGGCUCUCAGGGGGCCUUGGACCUGACGGAGCUGAUCGGCGUCCCCCUCCCGCCGUCCGUCUCCUUCGUCACGGGCUUCGAGGGUUACCCCGCCUACAGCUUCGGGCCGGACGCCAACGUGGGCCGCCUCACGAAGUCGUUCAUCCCCGACCCCUUCUACCGCGACUUUGCCGUCACCGUCGUGGCGAAGCCCACCACGCGGCGCGGCGGCGUGCUGUUCGCCAUAACCGAUGCCUAUCAAAAAGUCGUGCACCUGGGCGUCGCCCUGUCAGAAGUGGAGGAUGGCUCCCAGAGGGUUGUGUUGUACUACACCGACCCCGGAACGGCCGGUGGCACGCAGGAAGCGGCUUCCUUCAAAAUGGCCGACCUGACGGGCAGAUGGGCGAGGUUCACCCUGACCGUCCAGGGCGCAGAGGUGCGUCUCUACAUGGACUGCGAGGAGUACCACCGAGUCGCCUUCGCCCGGAGUCCUCAGCCGCUGACCUUCGAGGCCAGCUCUGGGAUCUUUGUCGGAAACGCCGGCGGCACCGGCCUGGCGAGGUUUGUGGGCUCCAUCCAGCAGCUGGUGCUGAAGUCCGAUCCCACGGCCCCGGAUGACCAGUGUGAGGAGGACGAUCCGUAUGCCUCUGGAUAUGGAAGUGGUGACGAUGCUUACGAGGACGCUGAAGAAAGAGACGAAGUGAAGAAGAUUGUGGAGGAGAGAGAGUUUACCAUGCCCCUCCCAGAGAUGGACCCGACUGGCAGCGUCCCGGUCCAAGCUCCGCCCACUGAGAUGUCAAUAGCCGGCGAUUAUGAUGCCGAUGAUGAAGAUAUCGAGGAGAUUUCUGGGCAGGAGGAGGAGGAGACGAGCACCGCUAUAGGUCGAUCAUCGCUGACAGCGACUCCAGCCUCAACACUGGACACUUCCCUCCAGGUGUCUCCGGGGCAGAAGGGGGAACAGGGGGAGCCAGGUCCGGCCGGUCCACCAGGACCCCCUGGUCCUCAGGGACGAGCCUCGGGAGGGGGAGGGGAGCCCGGACCACGGGGCCCACAGGGGCCACAGGGAACUGCAGGUCCACCCGGAGCCUCGGGGAAAGACGGACAGCCUGGGAGCAAAGGUGAAAUUGGUUUGCCAGGAGCGACUGGGAUUCCGGGAUUCCCAGGACUUCAGGGGGAGCCUGGUCCUAAGGGAGAAAAGGGUGAUUUAGGUGUCGGAUCACCGGGGCCUCCGGGGCCUCCUGGGCCUCCAGGUCGACUUAGCAAGUCUUCCAUGUUCCUGGAGGGCUCGGGAUUCGAAGACUUCGACAGCGAUGCAGAAAUUAUUAAGGGGCCUCCAGGGCCUCCUGGCCCUCCAGGACGGCCAGGGCUCCCAGGAAGCCCGUCUGGGGACGUCUUCCCUGGACCACCUGGGGCCCCUGGGAGAGCUGGCAAGGAUGGAGAGAAGGGCGAACCUGGACUCCCUGGCGCCGAUGGAAAAGAUGGCGAUGCGGGGCCAGCUGGGGAGAAGGGAGACGAGGGAGCCCCUGGCGUUGGCGGGCAACCCGGACCAAAGGGAGAUCAGGGCCCUCCAGGGUUCCCGGGCCUCGCAGGGUCGGAGGGUCCAGAGGGGCAGCCCGGUCCCAGGGGUCUGCCCGGGCCCCCCGGACCCCCUGGAAGGGGCUUCUCAACGGACUUUGAGGACUUGGAAGGAUCCGCGAUGCAGGGCGGUUUCGCCUACUCCACCGGCCCACAGGGUCCUCGAGGAGUCCGUGGCCUCCCGGGACCCAAGGGUACAGACGGUUCAGACGGCGUUCCAGGGAAACCAGGGCACAAGGGGGAGACGGGUGCUACAGGACCACCAGGGUUUCCAGGACUGGAGGGGCCACAAGGGCCCGAGGGGCCAAAGGGGGACAGAGGUGAUCUGGGACAAAAGGGCGAGACGGGACGGGACGGCCUCGGUAUGCCUGGCACUCCGGGGCCACCUGGACCGCCAGGACCCGUCGUCAACCUCCGGGAUCUUCUACUUAACGAUACAGAUGGUGCCUUCAACUUCUCAGGGAUUUUUGACGCUCAGGGAUCUGCCGGGCCACAGGGUCCAAAGGGUGACUUGGGGCUACCGGGUGUUCAAGGACCUCCAGGACUGAAAGGUGAAAAGGGCGAGUCAGGAUUUGUCGUUGCAGCAGAUGGAGCCAUGGUUUCAGGCCCGGCAGGUCCAGUUGGACCUAAAGGAGUCAAGGGGGAUAACGGUGUAGCUGGACCUCCUGGCGUUCAAGGACCCGUGGGACCCCCGGGGCCAAAGGGAGAAUUUGGUUUCCCCGGACGACCUGGUCGUUCGGGCCCGGCGGGACCGAAGGGAGAGAGCGGGGACGCGGUGGUGCUGCCGGGACCCCCUGGCCCUCCUGGUGUGCCGGGCCGCCCAGGAAUAUUCAACUGCCCCAAAGGAAACUGUUCGAGGAAUCUCCCGACAUAUUCCUGCAUGCUUCACGUCCAGUCUGGAAAGGUGAAGGCUCGGUGCCACAAACCGAAUGAGCUUCAUCCCAAUGGAUCCAUCGCAGUCGGUAACUGUCCGACGGCACUGAGAGGAGAGAAGGGAGAGCGGGGUCUUCCUGGGAUGCCAGCUCCUCCACCUUCAUUCCUUCCCAGAGGAUCCUGGGGGGCAAAAGGUGACCGGGGUUUCAAAGGGGAGAAGGGAGACAAAGGGGUGACCGGGAUGCCGGGGCUCCCAGGUAUCCCCGGGAGACAAGGACUGGUGGGUCCUAAAGGAGAGUCGGUGCUCGGCCCUCCGGGCCGCCCCGGCGUGCCAGGCUCACCCGGCGUGCCAGGUUACGGGAGACCAGGUCCAGUUGGUCCCACUGGACAACCGGGGCCCCCGGGACCCCCCGGUCAGCCCUCAGGUUACCGCUCAGCGCUGAGCAUCGCUGGUCCGCCCGGACCUCCUGGACCACCCGGACCUUCGGGUGACUCUGCAUCUCCGAUGAAAAUGUUUGCGAGCCGCGACAGAAUGAUGCAGCAGACCGUCAAGGACGCAGAGGGAACUCUGGCCUACGUCAUGGCGACAGGAAGUCUGUUCCUCAAGGUUCCCCUGGGAUGGAAGGAGAUACAGCUCGGCAGUUUGAUCUACCACUCCAGUAACAUCAUACCACAAGACGAGCCUCGAGUUGCAUAUCAGAUACGUGGAGACACCAUGGAAAGAAUAAGUUCUGUGAAAGAGAGGCUCAACCUGGUGGCCCUGAACCAGCCGCACUCCGGGGACAUGAUGGGGCUCGACGUGGCCGACCGGAUGUGUUACGAGCAGGCCAAGGCGAUGGGCCUGGCGCCCAACUACCGCGCCUUCGUCUCCUCCCACAGGCAGGACCUGGUCCACGUGGUCUACCCCGGCUUCCGUGACACGCUGCCAGUCACCAACCUCAGGGGAGACGUGAUGUUCAGGAACUGGCGGUCAAUCUUCAGCGGCGACGGGGGACCCGUGAACUCCAGGAUACCCAUCUACUCCUUCGACGGCCGGGACGUCUUAGCCGACCCCUUCUGGCCUCAGAAGAGCAUCUGGCACGGCUCCACCAGCAGGGGCUUCCGGGUGGUGGACAAGCACUGCGAGACGUGGCGGGCGGACCACGUGUCCGUCACGGGCCAGUCGUCCAGCCUGAGCGCGGGCCUGCUCCUGGGCCAGCAGACGCGGAGCUGCUCCCACGAGUACAUCGUCCUCUGCGUCGAGACCCACAAAAACCCUUAAAAAUCCCCCCAAAACCCAAAUACCACUCGGCCAGAGAACUCGUGUCAGCCACCGCAGAUGUCACACACUCUUGGAACAGAAGAACGACAUCUUCUGCACAUCCCCGGUGCUAUGUGUCGCAUUCUGUGACUUCUAAAACUCCUGUUCUUUCACUAAGAGGACGUCCAUACUUAGUUUUCUGAGUGAGAAGAUUAAGAGGCCGAAAACAAAAGGUCAAAGGAAACGUCCCUUUUCCUUCCGUCAAGCAAUGUGAUCGAUUCCCCAUCAGCUCCACCGUUGCGGCACAUAAUGUAAACUGUACUGGAUGCUGCCAGUCGUCUUGGCAACAGUGGAAUUAAUUAGGGAUGCACCGAAUGGAAAAUUGUUGGCCGGAACCUAAAAUAAUGAAACACUUGGCCGAUCUAACGAACAUGUUUUCUUUUAUUUUGCCAAUUUUUUUCCACCAUUACUUGGUUAUUAAAUAGCCUAGAUAUGCUGUUUUUGCUUUUUUGUUUUGAUUUGCAAGAGAAAAAAAUCAAUUACAAAAGUCCAAAUUAUAAAUAUCAAAAUUUUUUACCAACAAAACACAAUAUAACUUAAAAUAAAUCAAUCACUGGCAGCUUUUUGAUCGCCUCAUUAAAAACAUCUUCAUCACAUUCGGUGCAUCCCUACUAUUAAUUCAAGUCCUCUCAACGUGAGCGUGGUUCUGAUUUUAGAUGAUAAAUGCAGCACCUUUAACUGUUAGAGUCCAACAAAGCACCACAAACCACAUAGUCACCGAGCUGCGUCGAGCAGCAGGCGUCUCUUUUCAUUUGUCUUUUCCUUCUUCAGGAGACGGAGGACACGCGUGGCUGCAGGAAUCCGCUCCUGUCCUCAGAGAUUCCCAAAGACUUUUUAACAGAAAAGCGUAAAAAGCUACUUUUGUUGUUUUGUUUACAGGUUGUCACGGAGUUUGUUUGUUUUUUUAAUUGAGAAGAGGCCAGAACUUUCCACGACUUACAUCGUUCCUCGUCCGACAAGUCAUUUUCGUUGCACUGUACUUCAUUUGACAAAAAAAAAAAAAAUCUUAGUUUGCCAUUUUCAUCUCUUGAACGCGUCGCAGCUUCUCCAACGCCUCGGCGAUCUCACUCCUCCUCCGCAGCUCCUCCUAUUUAAUUUAAAUUCAGUGAUUUAUUUAUACCGUCACAGCACAUAACAUGAAAUCAAAUUUUAAGAAUGUAAUUUAUCGUUCGUUGUUUGUCAAAUGACUGAUUUUUUUUUUUCUCAAUUUCUUCUUGCCUUCUUUUCCGUUUUUUGUUUUUUUUCAAAUUUUUGUACAGUUUUUAUUUUUAUUUUUAAGUUGAAAGAUUUCUGGAGAAUGUUGACAACACAAAACCAAAUUCCACCGAGCGAAGGCGUAAAAUUAAAACGGGCAAAAAAAUGUUUUCAUUUUGAAAAUAAACAAUACUCCAUGGGCAAAAGUGAGAGCAAAAAUGUUUUUGUAUAAAUGUCGGUGCUUUAUUGAAUAAAGUUUUUUUUCUUUUCUUUUCAUAA